GCAGGCGGCGGCCGAGGCCGUGGUGCGGCAGCCUGCGCGCGCAGCCCUGCCGACGUAGUCGCCGCGCGGCCCGAGCUGUCGCACCUUCAACCAACCAAUAGUCCGACCGAACUCGGCACGAGCGCGCGCCGCCGUAUCCUUAUCGACGCGCAAACGUGAUAAACCUCUACGGGUGAUACCCGGACCCUCAACAGUGCCGCACAUUUUGUUUGUGAACAAUAUUUUACAGAAAUAAUCACUAAAGAAGCCAGAACCCAGAGCGCCGAUCUAAUACAAUUUACAUUAUCAGUGGCUGAAAUAGCAGAAGCGUACAAUCAUAUGUCACAAGGGUCAUGGCGAUAAUGGACGCAAGGGGGCGGAUACCACAUCUAUAGGCAUGGCAGACUGCAGUGUAGAGAGUGGCGGUUAAAGCAGCGGGCACAAUGUGGGCGCGAGUGUCGCGGGCGCUGCGGCGUGUGGCGCUCCUGCUGCCGCUGGCGUUGACGGCGCUGGCGCUGAUGCUUUUGCCGCGACCGCCGCCCAUCACACCUACUCGCCUGCACUCCGCUCCCGCUCAGUCGUCGCCGUUGCGCGAGGAAACACAUCUCCAGAACGCGUUGAAUGACAUCGCGGAAAGUGAGGAAAAUAGCGCGGAUGCGGACGACGUCUCAGACGUGGCGCACCGGCCGUGGUUCAUGAAGGGUGGCGAGCAGCGGCCGUGGCAGACCGACGCGCACAACACUAAGCUGUUCCCCGAGGAUGCGCCGGGCGAAGACAGGAUGGUCGAACAGCUAAUGUACACGUUACCAAAAGACGAGGAGGUGCCGAUAAAGAAGAUCUUGCUCGCGAACGGGCUGGGCGCGUGGGGCGUGUCGAGCGGCCGCACGGAGUUCCUGCGCAACAAGUGCCCGGUGGACCGCUGCACGCUGUCGGCUGACGCUCGCGACGCGGGCUCCGCUGAUGCCAUCCUCUUCAAGGAUCAUCACACACCUUUUAACGUCAAACGCCCGCCUAACCAGAUCUGGAUCCUGUAUUACCUGGAGUGCCCGUACCACACGGCGUCGCUGCGGCCGGCCUCCACGGGCGUGUUCAACUGGACGGCCACGUACCGUCGCGACUCCGACAUCGUCACGCCCUACGAGCGCUGGGUCUACCACGACCCGCGCAUCACCGAGAACCAGAUGGAGAGGAACUAUGCCGCUAAUAAGACUAAAAAGGUUGCUUGGUUCGUGUCGAACUGCCACGCGCGCAACCGGCGGCUGCAGUACGCGCGGCAGCUGGCCAAGCACAUCGCCGUGGACAUCUACGGCGCGUGCGGCUCGCACCACUGCCCGCGCGCCGACCCCUACUGCCUCGAGAUGCUGGACCGAGACUACAAGUUCUACCUCGCCUUCGAGAACUCCAACUGCCGCGAUUACAUCACUGAAAAGUUCUUUGUCAAUGGAUUGCAGCACGACGUGUUGCCGAUUGUGAUGGGCGCCCGACCGGCGGAGUACGCGGCAGCAGCGCCGCACAACUCGUACGUGCACGUCGAAGAGUUCGCGUCGCCGCAGGAACUCGCUGCCUAUCUCGACAGACUCGACAAAGAUGAUGCCCUCUACAACUCCUACUUCAAGUGGAAGGGCACGGGCGAGUUCAUCAACACGUUCUUCUUCUGCCGCGUGUGCGCCAUGCUGCACGCGAGCGAGCGGCGGCAGCGCGCGGCGCAGCGCGGCGACGUGCAGGCGUGGUGGCGCGACGGCGCCUGCACGCGCGGCGAGUGGCGCGCCGCCGCCGCCGCCGCCGCCCUGGCUGAGUACUCCGACACCCAGGACAAGGGCUAGGCCGCCACCCCACCCGGGUUUAGGGCGACUACGUUUCAAGAGGCGUGCGAUUGUUUCGAUGGACCAGUGGCCGUUAAACAUCAGGUCGUCUGAGAAGACGCUCCGAUGUCUUUACUCGAGCGCUUUAUCUACAUUUGUACGAAGAGAGAGUUCCGGCGGUAUUUCGGAAUGUCACAUACUGUUCUGUGAUAUGGCAGAUUUCCGCGCUCCUAGCUCUCUUUGUACGCGCAUUGAAAAGUCGCUCGUAUGAAUUCAAGGGUAACGCGCAUGUUAGGUUUUGAUCGAUUCAAACGUCUAUCCGCAGGCCUCGCUUUGUGCAAUGUAUUUGGUUAUAGUUUUUCACCAGAUUCGUCAAUUUAGUUUUGAUGGUAUUAAUGUUUCUAGGGCGCGGAUGCAGGCAUCGAGUUAAAGUAUGCAUCGCUUACUAAUAUCAUAAAGACAUAUUUGUGCUCACACGUCCAUUACUAGUAAUAGUUAUGCUAAGUUAUAUAUGUAUGACCUCACUGUUACUCAUAAAUAAGUAUGUAGACCAUAUGUAGGUGGACACGCAAAUGUCAUAAUUGGUCACGCAGCAAAUUGGCGCCCACUGUGUGGCCAAAGUCAUUUUUUUCUGACGACACAGACAAUAAAUCAAGAAAAUAUUAACAGUGAAAAUAAACAUGUUAAUCUCACUUUACAAUAUAUCCAACGAUAGCCUGUCCAAUAUAACACAAAACUAAAUUACCGCAAUAAGUACAGUACAAUAUUGCACAAAUUACCAUUAAAUUGCUUGUUUAUUGUUUAUUUUUACCUAAAUAUUUUUAUUAUACUGUUGUUAUAUUUUUGUAUUAUAAGUAUACCUACCAUAAUCUAUGGUGAAGCUACUAAGAUAGCACAAAGUACCUAAGUACCUAAUAGAAAAUUACAACAGCACAAUAUAAUAUGCACUCUAAGCAACAUAAAUUGAGCCGCAAUUAAUUUCACUUCUUUAACCCUUUAUAAGGCAGAGACGAUUUGGAAACCACUUAGUUAAUAAACAUUUACGGAGAAGAACAUCCUCUUUUUUAUUUAACUAUAAUGGUAUUAUA